UCUUCAGCUUCUGAUUCCUUAUUUUUGUCGCAACUUCAGUGUUCGAGCGUGUGCUUGUAGCGGCUCAGACUUGAGAUUUCACAUCUGCUUAGUGGAAAGCAUGGCCGGUUAUGAGGAAGUGGUCGUGCACGGAUACGAGGAGUUCUGUAAGGCGGUGUCUGCGAGAAAAGGGAAGGAUAUUUUCGCGUAUUUUUCAGGUAACAAAGACGCCGAGGGAAAGAGCUGGUGUCCAGAUUGUGUGAAAGCUGAGCCGAUUGUAAGAGGGGAGCUGACUCAUCUUCCUGAGGGCUCCGUCUUCAUUUAUUGUCAAGUUGGAGAUAGACCAUAUUGGAAGGAUCUGAACAAUGACUUCAAGAAGACCCUGAAGUUGACUGGAGUUCCCACUCUGCUGCGAUACGGCACACCUCAGAAGCUGGUGGAGGAAGAGUGCUUCAAGCCAGAUCUGGUGAAGAUGAUGUUCACUGAAGACUGAACGGUCCCCGGCUCAUAAAGAGCCAACAUUUCUUCACUAAUCGACCGUUUACAUUGCUUCAUUCAAGCACUUAGUAAUCACCCAGUUCUGAUCUCAAUACAAAUUGGUGCAACUGAAUUGCUAGCUGCGCUUUUACAAAAACAACCAGUCUGUCACAUGCAGCUCCAUCAUUCGUUGUUUAGUGGGGUUGUUUAGAAGGAUCUAUUUCUCCUUUGAUGAUGCUGUGCAAUCAGUCAAUAAAUACACACACACACACUAAUUGUUGAUUCAAAAAACAACUAGAGAUUUUUAUAUUGUGAUCAUUUUUUCCAUUGCCUUGCAAUUGAACGUAAAUAAAAAUAAAAAUAAACAUUUGAUGUUGAA